GCGAUGCCGGAGAAGCGGGAACAAAUCGGCGAGGUAAUACCAAAAAUACGUAGCACGUCGCUGCCGCAAAAGCUGGCUACGCUAAUCUCCACGAAAAUAUCCAACAAUGACACGACCUCACCGCCACUCGAGGAAGUCCAGUCUCUUGUCGGCGGCGGAAACAGAGAAAACGCGAGUAGGGAAUUGAUGCUACCGAGCAAUAUGGCCAUAGCGAAGAUCAUAUCCAACGAUUCCGACUCCGAGGAGAGCGAGGAGGAGGAGGAUAGUGACGAGAUGCCCGAAGCAUUACCCGAGGCUCAAGAGCUGCGGCUAGUGAGACCUCAAGAGCGACGGCGACCCGUGUUCGUCAAACCGUUGCGACCCGUGAGACCGUCUUUUCCGAACAGGCGGAACGUUUACACAGGUUUACCGAGGCCGCCCGUCAUGCGGCCGUCUAAACGGCCGAGCGAGCCGAAGAGGAGACCCACGGAAAACGAAUGCACUUUCUUCACAAAGACGGUGUGUCUCGAGGCCAGCGAUUAUCCGCACGAGGCGAUAAUAAGAAGUUUAAGGUCCAAUAAGGAAAUGGUAUCCGCAUUGUUGACCGAUUACAAGGCGCAAGACGGAAGCGCGGAAGAAAAAUUGCCGAGCGCCCUACCGUUGGAAAAUAAAUAUGAGAACAGAUACGAGAGCAAUGAGAUUAAAAGACGAUUUGACAAUCCCUUCGACAACGUGGAGGAGGGUUUCACUUGUCCAUCAACUGUCAAAUAUGCUCGCCCGCAAUUAGCGAGAGCUGCUUCCGGAGUAUGGAAAUAUAUAAUAAAUACAGGUGAACACACCCAGACGAUACGACUGGAGAAAUGUUCCAAUCCACAGUCAAGUUGCUCGUUUAUCUCCGAAAACUAUCGUUCCUCCUGCGUGCAAGUCUACAACUAUCACAGACUACUGACUUGGGAUCAGAAACUGGGACUACACAUGGACAUAUUCAAAGUUCCGACCUGCUGCAGCUGCCACGUGCACGGCUACGCCGAGAUUUUCCCACCGCACCAGAAGGAUCCCCCAACUAAGCCCAAGGAAACGUUUCCGGGCGCGGAUUUCGCGACGAUUAACGAUCAGAAGGACGAUUUUCAGGAUCUCAACAAGCCCGUCGUCCUCAAUCACAUUGCCAAGUACACUCCCACCUUAAACUACGAUUCCAUCCACGGGUCCAGCAACAAGAAGCCGGUGCUGGAGAUCAGUCCAACGAGUAGGCCCAGCUUUACUAAUACUAGAACUAGACCGAAGAAGCCCCCAUCGAUCCCGCGGCCAUACGACAAAUUGCCGCAACAGCACGCGCCCAACACGCGAGCACCGGGCUACAAAGGUCCAUUGACCAAGAGCAGGCCUACCCGACUCAACAGGCCACCUUUCAGACGAGAAUCCACCGCCCAUGAAGAUUACACGGAAACUUCCCGCAACAGCACGACCAACCGAUACAGUCAGCCGUACGACCAGGACGUGGAUGCCACGUCGAAAUUGCAGAACGGAGGCUUCGACGACGAAUACCAGGAGCCGCAGAGGAGAAUCAAUUAUAACUAUCACCCAAUCAUAGACUUUUUCAAGCCGGAGGCUUCCAUGCUGCAAUCCGCGGAACCGCAACUUGCCACCCAGCCGGCACCGGUUCAAAGCGACAACGCGUGGAAGCCGAUGAUAUCUUAGAUCGUAGUGUUCUUUCUUCGGAGUACCUGACAUCCUAUUUUAAUAAAGAUUCCAAAUCAUAUAUUUCGUGAGAUUCGCGUUUCGUACAUUAAUAUUUACGACCGUGAGAGAGUAUUAUUUCCUAGAGGAAUACCGCGUGUUCCGUGCGGUAACAUGCUUAUU